CCGGGGAAGGAGGGAGGAGAAGGGCGGGGCACGGAGGCCCGAGCAGGCACCAGACUCCAGCUCUGACUUUUCAGCCGCUCCGGAUUGGGUUCUCUCACCAGCCCCCAGAGGUCAUCUUCUUGAAACUGCGAUCUCCUAAAGACCCUGACCCCAGGCUUCCACUGCCACCAUGUCGCUCCUCCUGCUAGUAGUCUCGGCCCUUCACAUCCUCAUUCUCAUUCUGCUUUUCGUGGCCACUCUGGACAAGUCCUGGUGGACCCUCCCGGGGCAGGAGUCCCUGAACCUCUGGUACGACUGCACGUGGAGCAAUGCCAACAAAACGUGGGCCUGCAGCAAUGUCAGCGACAAUGGCUGGCUGAAGGCAGUGCAGGUGCUCAUGGUGCUGUCACUCAUCCUCUGCUGCCUGUCCUUCAUCCUGUUCAUGUUCCAGCUUUACACCAUGAGGCGAGGAGGACUCUUCUACGCCACUGGCCUCUGCCAGCUCUGCACUAGCGUGGCCGUGUUUACCGGGGCGCUCAUCUACGCCAUUCACGCCAAGGAGAUCCUGGCGAAGCUCCCACCGGGCGGCAGUUUCGGCUACUGUUUCGCUCUGGCCUGGGUGGCCUUCCCACUCGCCCUGGUCAGUGGGGUCAUCUACAUCCACCUGCGGAAGCGAGAGUGAGCGCUCCGUCUCACCCGGAGCCCCAGCUCGCUCAGGUUCCCACCGCCUCAUCCGAGUCUUCGUCCCUCGCCUUGUUUUAAGAAUAAAAUCUUAU